AUGCCAACGCCAAUUGAAGUAUAUAACAAAAGAAUUAAAAAGAAGGAGAAGGAGAAGAGAAAAAAGGCGAGAUUAGAAGUGAAAACAUCAAAGAAGCUUCUGGAAGACCCAGAAAAAUUGAAGAAGGAGUUGGACGAGUUAACGCAUAAAGCAAUCAUUGGAAGGAUCGACGCAGAGUCUCUCGAAAGAAAGGAAAAAAUAGAAAAGUUAUGGGAUCAAUACAAUAAAACAAAACAAGUGAAGGAUAAGGAGGAACAGGAAACUGAAAGUGAUGAGUCAGAAGAAAAGAGUUCAUCAGACGAAUCGGAUUACUCAACCGAUUCCGAAGAUAAACCAAGAUGUGUAAUAGAAAUCGAGGGGGAAUUGAAAAACAAACCAGUAGAAAAGGAGCCAAAAAAGAAUAAAAAGGGAUUUCACGACCCAGAACCUCCAGACGAGUUUGAAUUGGAACUAAGGAGCCAUAUGCCAAAACUGCACAAAAAGGAGGAAAAGAAGACAGCCCAACCGAUGAAUAAUUCCAGCUAUACACCCAGACCUCCUCCCAAUGUGAUUCAAGCACCAGGCCCUUACACACCAAUGCAGAUGCCAGUUGCUCCAAUGCCACCAGUACCGCCAAUGGCUCCAUUCUUGCAAAUACCAAUGAUGCCAAACAUCAUGAAUUUUAGACCGCAGCCGCCACCAAUAAUGAUGAACAUACACCCAAGCGUAAUGCAACAAACACACGAGCAAAAGCAAGUUCAGGAGGAAAAAAAGGAACCGGAACAGGCUAAGGUGCCACUAAGCAAGUAUUUCGUACCAUCGCAAGUAAGGUAA